CCGCAGAGACAGCUGAUGCGCUGACUCGUCCGCUCCUUCUCCAAGCUGCUGUUCAAUAUAUGUUGACGCACAAAAAGUUAGAGCACAUUUUACUUUUGUAAAGAUAGAUAAUAUGUUGCACACGGAAAGGAUACCGCUGUUGUGGGUUUUCGUUCAGGCUGCGGUCGUCGUGGCGUCGGGUUUCGCUGACAUGGAAACGGGGCCUGGCUCAGGUAUAGCGACACAGCCGAACGGAGAUCGCUUCAAAAUCGAGGGAAGAGCGAUAGUUCCGGGGAUAAAAACACAAGACUGGGUCUCCACGGCCAGAAUCCUGGUGGAAGGUGAAGAAUACGUGGGGUUUUUGAGAACUGAUGGAAGUUUUGCUGUGAAUGACGUCCCCUCAGGAUCUUACGUUGUGGAAGUUGUCACCCCAACCUAUAGAUUUGAACCAGUGCGCGUUGAUAUCACAUCCAAGGGCAAAAUGAGGGCACGCCUUGUGAAUUACAUCAAGACUUCAGAAGUGAUUCGUCAACCAUAUCCUCUCCAAAUCAGGGCUAGUGGCCCUCAUAGCUACUUCAUGAAGAGGGAGACCUGGGGCUGGACAGACUUCCUUAUGAACCCAAUGGUUAUGAUGAUGGUUCUGCCUCUGCUGAUCAUUGUUUUGCUGCCCAAAGUGGUCAACACCAAUGACCCGGAGAUGAGAAAGGAAAUGGAGCAGUCCAUGAACAUGCUGAACCCCAACCCUGAGCUUCCAGACGUCUCUGAGCUCAUGACCAAGCUCUUUUCUGGCUCCAAGGGCUCCAGCAAGGCAGGUGGCAGCAGCAAGGGCACCAGGCCAGCUGCCAAGAGGAGGUAGUACUUUACUAUACACACCUCCUCAGUCUGCCUAAAGAAGCACGAGUUAUGCCAUGGAAGCAAGAUUUUUAAGUGUCAUUUUCCCUCUGGGUUUAUUGUACAGUUUUCUUUAUUAAUAGAUGUUUUGAGCACAUCUUAAUUUCUAUUAUCCUAUUGGAAACUGAGCAAAUUUACAAUUUUUUUUUUCUUACUGCACUGAUAGAAAACUCUUCAAAAGCUGUAAUUCUUCAUUUGCUCUAUACUUUGUACAAGUCGCUCUACUACUCAUCAAUCUUUUCUGUGCUAACCCUCCGGUGUGCAUUUUUCCACUGCUGCUAAUUCCACUACCUGAAAGAGAACAUAUAUAAAUACUCAGAGAUUUUCUUGUUUUUUCAAUUUCAGUAAUACGACUGUGAAUGAAGAAGAAUUGAAUUUUAAGACUGAUAAAUUCUUAUUUAAAAGCCUAGAUAAAUAAAUUGCAAUGGUUAUAUAACAACUUUGUUUUUACUUCGGACCAUCUUAUUUGUUUGAAAGUGAGCACAUGGCCUUCUCAUUUCUUGAACGACUGUGUGGAGUACUGUAUCGCCAGAAUUCACAUACAGUACAUACGUGCCUGGGGUGUAUAAAUUUAAAUGAUAAUUACUGGCAGGUCAAAGAGUGAUAGAGCUGUGUGGUUGCUUUCAAGAUAUUCAGAGUGUAAGUGGCUUUACUUUUAAUAAAGCAGACGGUAAAGUCAGUAUCAAACACACAAUAAAAUGUGUCUGUGAUGAAUGUCCUUAGUUAAAGAUAAGUCAUUGUGAAUACCAAGUGUGACAUUUUAAAGUUGCAGUGGUAGGCGACGUAUGUAAAGAUGACAUCGUUUCUAAAACCUCAGUGAUUAGGCAAAAAGAAAUGUCAGGUUUGACAGAUAAGACUGGCGACAUUCUACAGUUUUCCUUUGGUCAACAUAUCCCAUGAAAAUCAACGAUGCACGUCUCAGUAUUUCCAACUUCCCUAGCCUGUCUGCGGCUCUUAGCCCAUGUUGCUUGGGGACUGUUUUGUACUGUGGAUUCAGUGCUGUAGAGCGUAUUUAAGGCACAAGGACUAUUGAUGUGGAGCUGUUUUUAAUAGUUUUUGGUCUAUGGCACGGAUCAAUUCAUUGGUGUGGUCUUUUCAUGGGAUUUGUUGACAAUAAGAUAAAAGGAUGUCACCAGCCUUGUCCUUUAGUAAUAGAGGUACGUUAGACUGAGGAGACUGUUAAAAUACAAAAUGUCUACGCUAAACAUGCAGUCUUGGAACCAAAGCGAUCUCAGAUUUAGUGUGGGAACAGUCAUGUUAUCCAUGGCACGUUACUUUUAUUAGCCAACUAUUGGAAAGGGUAAUGAUUUCCUCAGGAAAAAAAAAAUCAAAUCAGAUCAGCGCAUUUGAUGCUGAAAAUGUUCAUGUAGAAGAAAGGAUAAUUCUGCCUUUGAAUUUGUAUUUCACUGUUCUGAUCA